AGCCACAGAUAGGACAGCACAGACGCACGUAUUGUGUAAUUUAUGGAAAACGAUUGAAGCGUUCGUGCGAAAAACCGAUUGAGCCAGUUUGUGGAAAACAAUUCUUGGAGUGUUUCGGUCAGCAGAAAAUACCUCUGUAGUCUCCUCCUGUGGCACAUUUAGCGGAAAGGCUUUACCUGGUGUUUCAGUUCGGACUGUGAAACACUUUGGAGAGGAACGCAGUGGAAACGCUUCAAAUGUAAAGCAGACGAGGCAGAAUUUGACCAAUCAAAUCGGAAUUUAAAAGUAUUUAAUCCAAAGAACACGCCUCUCUAACCUCUGCCCCUGAUGACUUCACCAUGACUUCUGAACUGGAGUGGAGACAAUAUACUUUUGUUUAGGAAGGGUGUGUCCUGGUGUUUCUUCCUUCUCACUCGGCCGCCUGCCAAGCCAGGGCUUGUACCCAUGGAGAUACCAGGGAGUAGGUCCAGUGUGAGGUGGGAUGUCUGGCCGUGAGUCUGUGGGAGACCUGAUCCCCCAGGACGUGGCGGAGGUGUUUGCCCAUGAGAGGCAAACCAAAGGGGGCCGUAGGAAGAAGCGUGGGGGCUCCCUGGGUCGGGCCUUCAGCUGGUUCAAGGGAAAGAAGAAGAAGGAGGUCAAUGCUAACGGACAGAUCCAGGACUUUCAUUCAGUUGGUCCAAAGACUGUCAAGAUCUCCCCACAGAGCCACAGCCAUGCAGUCCCAAAGCAGGAGGAUGAGGGGACUCACGUCCCUUCACACGUCCAGGAGAAUGUGUUCAUCGAGGGCAGCCGGCCCAAGUACCUGGAGGACCUGCACACUGAGGCCCAGGAGGGACUCAAACUUCAGCAGCAAGAAGAAACAAAUAAUGGGGUGGAUUACCAGGAUGACCAAAGCAUCGCUUCGACAGUCACCCGGCAGCCUGACGAGACUGAGAGUGACAGUUACAGAGAGAGGAGAGGCUCUUUGUCAGACAGCACUAUACUAGACACCAUGUCCCAGGUCUCAACACGCUCCGCUGUCUCCACACGGUCCUCACGGUCAGGACUGACCCGCCAAGCAUCAACCUUCAGGCCCCUGAAGUCAGAGAAGAAGCCAGAGAAGGCCAAGGCCAGGAGGAGACACAGGAGAACCACAGUUAUGGGGAUACCACAACACAUCCAGAGGGAACUGGGGCUGGAUAGAGCAUCAUGGGCAGCUCGUCAGGUUAUAGAUGAGGGCGGGCUCCAUAACGGGGAGAGCCUGGACAUCCACACCAUCGAUGGGCCUCACCUAGCUGAUUCCCAGGAGGGGGUGAGGAUAUAUCUCCAGUCUGUAGAAGGCCUGCAGCCCGUCAGUGAGGACCAGGUUCAGAAGUUCCCCUCCCGGGCCGGUCACACAGAUGACCUGGCUCUCCUCCAGCGCAUGGGCCCCCAGCUGUGCGGCCUGAAGAGGCCUAAUUCUCUGGCCGUCCCCUGGAUGACCACGGCGUCCGGCCUGCUGCACCAUCCCCCCAGCCCCGUCAUGUCCAUGUCCCCCCAGGCCACCUACAUGUCUAAGAUCAUCCCCAAUGCCGUGCUGCCACCCUCCAUCGACGUGGUGGAGAUUAGCCAUAACCGCAGCCGGAGCAGUGUCCGUACCGUCAGUAAGAGCAGACUCCUGCUGGCCAGCCCUGCCUCCUCCAGAGCCUCCUCCCGCGCCUCCGCCAUGUCCUCCGCCUCCCGAUACAACCCACCACACUUCUCUGACAGCUCUGGAUGGAGCCACUCUGAGUCCUCUGAGACCCUGGUGUCUGACUCCUCCACCGUCUUCUCCAACAGCACCACCAGACAGGGGGGGGAUGGGCAGGGCUCAUCCAGGGAGAUGGCCCUGGACAGAGAGAGUAUCCACUCCUCUGUUAGUAAGGCCUCCAGGACCUCAACCAUCAAAGGCAAGGGGAAAGCCAGAGGGGAUGAUGGGAAACAGGAGGGGCCCUUCAUCCGGAGCCUAUCUGUGAUGAAGUCCAAGAGGGCACCGGCCCCACCCAGCCGCUCCUACUCCUUACACAAGGACAAGAUGAAGCGGCGCUCGCGGGACCUGACUGACAUCAGGGUGGCUGCCCCUCCCCAAAGCAGCCCAGUCCGUGGUGGGGAGGCUAAGGCAGUCAGUGCUGUGGAGACCGGCUCUUCUCCCAUGCCCUCCAGUAACAAAAGUAGCCCUGGAUACGCAGCAGACACCAGCUCUCUGGAUGAGUCCUCGGGCUCUGUGACCAACUCCUUUAACACCCAACAGCAGGCAGCCAGGGAAGAGGAGAGGAAUGAGCAGCCAGGCUCCACAGGCUUCUCUCCCCAGAAACAGACCCCCCAGGAAAACAUCAUGAAGAAGACUGUUUCCCCCUCCAGCGGCUAUCCCAGCCCGGGUGGCAUGCCCACCCUCCCCUCCGAACAGACCCAUAACUCAUCCCCAGGAAACAAGAGGGGCAUCCUGGCCAAACUAGCAAGCAUUUUCCCCAAGGCACCAUCCCCAUCACCUGUUAUUCAGCCACAGGCCUCUGACAGCAGCAAGACGCCUCGUCCAUCCCCUCCAGUCAACAAUGUAACUUCCUCACCUUCAGUCAUGGCACUCAGAGAGCUGUUCAACAUCCCUCCCCCACCCAAAGUGUCUGCCCCCUCUCCUCCUCCCCCGGAGGUAUGGGCACACAACAAGCGCACUUUUGAACUGCUGCUAGGUCCCCCGGCCCCCAACAACACGGAUACGGUGGUGCGAAAGAACCCAAAGGAUCGACGACAGCAGAGGCAGUCUCCUUCCACAUCAAGAGAGGCUUCUGUUAAGAACGUGUCACCUGAGAGGAGAGGUGAGGAGUCUGCACCAGAGCAGGAGGCAGGAGGUGUGCUAGAGAGGGUCACUGAGCCUCUGUCUAAAGAGCAGACCGGUAAUCCAGCAGCACUAACAUCUGUGUCAGGAAAGGGUCAGGGAAGUCCAAAGAGCCAGGAAAAAGAUGGGUUGAGUCCAGUGGUUAUAGAAGUGGGAGAUAAAGGACCGACUCAAAUAGAGCCUUCUGAAGGAAUGAAAAGGAAUAGUGAAGUGGCACAGAAAGUUGAACAAGAGAGGGUACAAGGAAGUCAGUUGGUGGUUGAACCAGAGAAGGUCAAGGUAAGUCAGAUGAUAGGUAAACUAGAGAAGGUCCAGGCAAGUUGGUUGGUAAAUGAAAAGUCAGUGAACGCCUCAGUAGCUCCAGGAAGGGGCCUAGGAAAAGUAAAUACAGAAAUACAGACUCCUGCUACAGAGAAAAGGACUGAAGCUCAACUUAAAAUGGACAUGUUGUCUAUGCUUAGCCCUGCUCUAGCACGCGUCUCCCCAUCUCCUUCUCCUCCCCCAGCACACUAUCCUCCCCUUCCCCCUUCCAAACAGACCCCGCCAGUGACCAUACUUGGGGUCCCCUCAGCUUCUACACCCGCUCCAGAGCUCCCACUAGUCUACCCCACUGGGGAAUCCUUCUGGCCUCCUCCCCCACCUCCCAUGGACUUGGCCACCCUUGGCGAUGAGCUUGACCUCCCCCUUCCCCCACCACCCAGUGGUUGUGAGGAGGGGGUUAUUAUGACAGACCCUGUGCCCCCUGUUUCAGAGGGGACAGUGGGUGUUCCAAACCCUGCCCGACCUGCACCUCAGGAAGUUUCAUCUGUACCCCAGGGAAUACCGCAGCCCAGUCCAGGGAUCACAGAGUGCCAGAACCAAGAGAAGAAGUCCCUCAGCAAGAGCUCUCCCACUCCCCCAGAGGAGGCCCCCACUCCUGUGGUCACCCCCUCCCUUCUGCAGAUGGUCAAGCUGAGGUCUGUCAAUAAUGGUGACCAGGGUCUGAAAAAAGACCAGAGUCAGGGACAGAACCAGACAGAGGUCACUUUGAGGGCCAAACAACCCAGUAACGGGGAGGCUCCCCAGAAGCCUAUUCGAAGGUCUCUGAUCAUGACAGCUCCCCCUCCCACUGUCACAUCCCCACCUACUACUGUUGUCUCACAACUUCCCACAGCCACUGUCCCAGUGGCAGCCCUAACCUCAGCCACUGUCCCAGUGGCAGCCCUAACCUCAGCCCCAACCACAGCCAAGUUCCAGCCCAGCAUAGUUCAUUUACCCUCAAAGUCAUCUAUUGUCACCUCUCCUACAAGUAAGUCUCCUCCUGCCUCAGCCACCAUGAGGAUGCAGGAGGCCAUUCGCUUGAGGACAGAGGCCAGAAGUAAAGAGGGGCCUCCCUCUCAUCUCAGCCUGCACUCCCCAACUUCACCAACAGGUCUCAAGUUCCCCUCAUCUACCGCCAGUUUCAUCUUCGCCAAGAGCACAAAGAAGGUUGUCAUAGAGACCCUCUCAACCCCUGAGGCCCAGGCCAAUCUCACAAAGAACCUGGUGGCUGAGCUUUCAUCCAUGUCAAAUCCAGCCAAGUCCACAGAAACACAGAAAGAGGUAGCAGUCAAGGUGCCGCCACCUGUGGCAAGAAAACCCAGGCUUAAGGUCACAGAUGCAGAGCCCAGUGUGGAGACUGAGCAUGUGCAAACUGCGGGACAGGAAGCACAGCCAGCAGACAACACUGAGGGUUCUCCAGAGGCUCCAAACGGGACAGCAGUAAGUGUUGAAGUGUCACCACCAUCAUCAUCCACAUGAGCAACACUGCCACUUGGCAAGGACUAAUCAUUCACAAAGACAGACUGACUUUUACCUGUAAAUUGAGAAGACCCAAUGUGUCAAACACCAUAUGUCAAUCACAAUAUGCAAGAGGGAGAGAGAUGGAUCAAGGGGUGAGUGGAUGAGAACUACAGAGCCUUCUGAAGACAAGGCAACAGGACAUAGCUAAAUGUUGCCCUCUCAACAACAACAAAAACAAUCCUUUGAGUUUAUAUGGAAAUGGUGUUGGACUUUAAUUUCUCUAAUACUAUUUUUCUAUUUUAGAGUAUUUUUCUUUGUCAGAAGGACUUGUUACUGGUCUGAUGAACAAUAGACAGACAUGGACAGCAUGCUGGUCUAGGUACAAGUCUAGGAUACCCUCUAGUGUCAACUAUGGAAUGUUACAGCUACUGCCGUUUGGUACACAAAACAAUGAGGAGGUUUAUAAUCCACUUGUCUGGAUUAUAUACCAGAAUGUUGUAUUUUUAUAUAUUCAUAUCAUUAUAAGAUCAUGCACUAUUAAAUUGUGUUAAGUUCCCAUUUCAUCCUUCAUGUUUUUGCAUUAAACAUUAUUUACCUAAGAUCUUUUUCCUGUAGACAUCUACCAUUACAUUUUGGGAGAGAAAAAAUAUUUCGUUUUUUUCUUUUGUUCUACGUUUCAAUAUAUGUCAAUAUUUUAUGAAGUCAUCUGAUGUCAUAUUUCCUUAUCUCCCUAGCAACUAAAAUGAUGUCAUCAGAACUGGAUGAUGUCAAUUGUUCUGAGGAUGAGAAUCCCAAUUCAUGUUUUGUUUCUGUUGUUGAUAUGAAUGUACAUAGACUUGUACUGGAAGCUCACCCAGUGUGUAAAUCAAAUCUCCGUCUUUCUCUAGGAGUAUUUUGGCAAAUAGGUAUUUGUCUUGUUUUUAAUUACUUGUCCCUCAGAUUUAGAUACAUUUCCUUUCAACCAGAUUGGAGCUAUAUUAUACAUUGCAUUUAUGUUGCUAAAUUGUCCAGAAAUUGGGAUAUUCCUCAAGUGAAUGAAAUCUGCUUUGAAAGUACUAAAUAUUAUUCAAAGUGAUUUCAAUGAUAAAUGAUUAUGAAAAAUUAUUAAGUAUAGUUUCACUUAUUUCAAUAUAACAGAAUAAAUUGAUUUAUUCACAAUGAA